GGCACUCGGUCAGAAGUGCUGUACGUUGCGGUAGAGGUGUGCGUGUGUGAGUGAGUGUGUGCGUGUGCGUGAUCUGUUAAACUCGGCCGAGAUGUUGCUCAAGGUGUGCGCGGUGCUGCUGGCGCUGCAGGGCGCGGCGCUUGCCCAGCAGAGCCACCCGCAGCUGCAAGCGUACCUCGCCCAGCAGCAGCAGCUGCAGGCGCAGCAGCAGCAGCCGGCCAGGCAGCAGUACCGGCUCAUCCAGGCGGCCGCGGCGCAGGCGCCACAGAGGUACGUCCAGCAGCAGCAGUACGCCGAGGAGGACGCCGGCCCCCAGUACCAGCAGGUGGCCGCCGUGCCGCGCGCGCAGCCCCAGUACCAGCAGCAGCAGCAGCCCCUCUACCGCACGGCGCCCAUCGCCCAGUCCCAGCUCCGGCUCAGGCCCGGCGCCGCUGGCCCCGCCCAGGAGCAGGAGCUCCAGAACCCCGAGGACUACGACCCCAACCCCCAGUACCAGUUCGGCUUCGACGUCAAGGAUGACCAGUUCACCAACUACCAGAACCGCAAGGAGCAGCGCGACGGCGACAAGAUCACCGGCAGCUACAGCGUCGUGGACUCGGACGGGUUCAUCCGCACCGUCACCUACACCGCCGACCCGAAGGAGGGUUUCAAGGCCGAGGUGACCCGCACGCCCACCGACAUCGUCGUGAAGCUGCCCACCCCGCCCGCCCCGCAGCUGCAGGACGCCUACGGCCAGCAGAGGCAGCUGGCGGCCCGUCAGCAGCAGCAGCAGUACCUCCAGGCUGGACCCGAGUCCCAGCAGCAACAGCAGGCCCAGCCCCAGCAGCAGCAGUACCUCAGGCCGUCCUCUGCUUACGCCCAGCCCUCCCCCGCCCAGCUGCAGCAGCUGCAGCUGCUCGCUGCCCAGCAGCGUCAGCACGGCGGCCAGCUCCUGCGUGCCGCCCCCAGCUCCUCCGCCGCCGCCCACCAGGCUGCCGCUGCCGCCGCCGCCCAGCGCGCCGCCGCUGCCCAGGCCUACUCGGCCCAAGCUUCCGACGAGCAGGCGGCGUAUGCCUCCUACCAGCAGCAGUAGGGCCUGGCAGCAGAGGCCUCUAGCCCCGGCCAUCCCCGGGCAGGUCGAGUUCCUAGCGAAGCUGCGCGCCGUGCUGCGCGUCCUCGUCGUGGAGGACCUUUGGAGCCAGGCGGGUUCCAUUUCGGGCCUAUUUGGAGCUCGUUUGGCCCCAUCGAUUUGGAGUCUGUGUGGAAAACGUGGUGAUUUUAAUGCUUCUAAUUUAUUGAAGUUUGUCAUGGCUACUUUGGUGAAAAACAAAAUCAAACGCGAUUUCCAUUCUUUAAGUGCCAAAGUGUCAUUCGAUGACUUGUUUGUUUCAGUAUUGUUUGACACAACUACGUCUAGUGUUAUUUAAAUAAUUAAAAUUCCUCCCUGAUGCUGGCCGUUUUACAAAAAUGAUGUUGAGUGUCAAAUUCUUUGUGAAUUUUGAAGUCAAUUAGAAGGGGAAACUCCGCUUGCUCUUAUUGCCCUAGAGACGUAGAAAAUAAAUAUACUUACAUAUUCCUCGGUGGAGAAGAUUUGACUCAAGGAUUAAUCAACCAAAAUAUGAUACACUACUUGUUCUAGAUUUGUUUAGUACUGUUGUACAAAUAUGUGUAAAGUGAUCUCCUGUAACGUUUUUAACGAUUUUCUUCUUGUUAUCUGUCAGUAUUGUUCUUCUUCUGUUCUUUCGAUAACUGGCGUAUAUUCUGCUUCUUUGCAAACACAACAUUAGCGCGGGGUUCCCUUCGCGCUGUGAUACCUUCUAGUUUUAUGAAAAGUUGUGACAUGUUACCUCGUCCAGAACAUGUGCUCGAAAUACAUAUAUAAAGGACGGUUAAA